AUGAGAACACCGUCGGGUAAUCCAAGAGUGCGGCCACUGUCAAGGAAGUUCUUGAGAGCGGUGUGGCUCUUGGUGAACCAGUCGUUGAUGAGGAUGGUGUGGUCAUCUUCGGGAUCUGCGUACGGGACUGGGAUGAGGAGACGGCUGUUGACACGGAGACCACCGAAACCACCGGAGAAACGGUGGAGAGCGGUUGAUGGGUAUCCAGGACAUAUAAUGAAAACUGAGAAGGAACUUAGAGAACAGCUUAAGCUGAUGGAUGUUGUGAUUGAAGUCCGAGAUGCUAGGAUUCCUCUAUCCACUACUCAUCCAAAGAUGGAUGCGUGGCUUGGGAAUAGGAAACGGAUAUUGGUAUUAAACAGGGAAGAUAUGAUAUCGAACGAUGAUCGAAAUGAUUGGGCGAGAUACUUUGCAAAGCAAGGAAUAAAAGUCAUUUUCACCAAUGGCAAACUUGGGAUGGGAGCCAUGAAGCUAGGUCGGUUAGCAAGAAGUUUAGCAGGUGAUGUAAAUGGGAAACGGCGAGAAAAAGGACUUCUCCCUAGAUCAGUUAGAGCUGGAAUAAUUGGAUACCCUAAUGUCGGAAAAUCAUCUUUGAUCAAUCGUCUGUUAAAGCGCAAAAUUUGCGCUGCAGCUCCAAGACCAGGUGUUACUAGAGAAAUGAAAUGGGUCAAGCUGGGGAAAGAUCUUGAUCUGUUAGAUUCACCUGGAAUGCUUCCUAUGCGUAUUGAUGAUCAAGCAGCUGCUAUAAAGCUUGCGAUUUGCGAUGACAUUGGAGAGAAAGCUUACGACUUCACUGAUGUUGCUGGAAUCCUUGUACAGAUGUUAGCACGGAUUCCAGAAGUAGGCGCAAAGGCUCUUUACAACCGAUACAAGAUCCAGCUAGAUGGCGGCUGCGGUAAAAAAUUUGUGAAGACGCUUGGUCUUAACUUGUUCGGUGGAGAUAGUCAUCAAGCAGCAUUUAGAAUACUGACUGAUUUUCGCAAAGGCAAAUUCGGGUAUAUCUCACUGGAGAGACCUCCACUGUGA